AUGAUUACCUCCACUAAAAUAUUAUGCAGUGGGUAUUGCACACACAGCAAUCAUAUUACAGAUUCAUCCAUCUCGUAUUGGAAUAGUGAGAUUAUUAAAUUCCCUUCAUUAUUUGUUUUAAUACAACACUCGAAAUUUGGAAAUAUAUUAUUUGAUACGGGAUAUAGCAGUAGAUUUUAUAAAGAAACACAAUUUAUGCCAUAUCUAUUGUAUGGAAAAUUAACUCCGGUUUUUUUGAAAGAGAAUGAAUCAGCGAUGGAAAUAUUAAAAGUACAAUUUGGAAUUCUUCCACAAGAUGUGAAUUAUAUUAUUAUUUCUCAUUUUCAUGCAGAUCAUAUCAGUGGAUUACGUGAUUUUCCAAAUGCUAAAUUUGUGUACUCGAAAGAAGGUUUUGAAUAUUUGAAAGAAAGAAAACAAUCUUGUUGUUGCAGGGACAUCCGAUGCUGUGUGAAUGGAUUCAUACCAAAUUUAUUGCCUGAUGAUUUUGAAAAGAGGUCUAUACAAGUGAGCGAAACACAAUUUUCAAAUCAUGUAACUAUUGUACCUCCGUUCAAAUCGUUUGACUUAUUUGGUGAUCAUUCAUUGUUUAUUGUGGAUCUACCUGGACACUGUAAAGGACAUUUAGGAUGCUAUUUUACAGUAUCUUGUGAGGAAGCAUCAAAUCAAGAUAACAAGAAUGGAACAUUUCUGCUGAUUGGGGAUGCAGCAUGGUCGAGCAAUGCCAUUAUCAAUGCAUCACCUCCACAUCUCGUCACAAAAUAUUUGGUUCAAUACGAUUGGAAUGCCUACUGCCAUACUUUACAAACUCUUCACAAACUAUGGAAAGAAGAAAAGAAUUUAAAAAUUAUUCCAUCUCAUUGUUGGAAAAUUUAUGAAGAAUAUUGUAGUAAUAAUUGUUACAAGAUAUCCAAGUUGUAA